CAUUGUAGUUGCAGCCGCCUAAGUGGCUUACUUUGUACCACCACUCAUCUCUGUUAGCUCAACUCGAAAUCUAGACUCGUAACAUGCUCGACUUAUGCUAGUCACGAGCUGUUCGGAGUUCCUAAUACCAUCAGUUUCGUAUUGGAUCUAACAGCGAGCGCGACAAGUGCCCCCAUGGGACAACUCUCCACAAUUGAAAGGGGAACAAUGCGACGACAUCUCAGCGCUCAGCCGUCACUAGUGAUGUACUCAGCCCUGAGCCAAACCAAAGCGAAGCCCUGGCCCUGGAUGGGCCUGACUGUGUUUUCUGCCAAGGCAUUCGAGCAAAGCCAGGUCGUAUACAUACUCCUGUCAGAGUGUGGCAGAGAGCUAUUAAGUAGUACAUCUUCGCCAUGUCACCAAAGAAGGGUAGCGCCGAUGGCGCCCACAGCGAUGAGCAACCUCACCGAGAAAAUGAUACUGCAGGACCCACCAAGGAGGAGGAUAAAAAUUGUGGAUCUUCGGCGGUGAAGCUGCCAUCAGACCCGAACGCUGGGCCUUCCCAGUCAUCAAGACCUAUUUCCGAUGUCUCGCCUAACGAGGGAUUAGCUCCCAAGGCAGAAGAGGUCGUAGUGCAGAAGGACCAGCCGAAUCUAAGUGAAUGCGUGAACGUCAUGAAGCAAGUAUUGGACGUUCUCCAGGAUUCAACAAUUGCCUCAAAGGGUGGCAAGGAUGGUCGCUCUCGAUUCUGGACGGCAUACAGAGGAGUCGCGGAGGAACACGAUGGCGACUUCCUUGAGCAAUACGCUAGCGACAUGGACAUUGUCUUGAUCUUCUCCGGUCUUUUCUCCGCUGUCAGCACAUCUUUCAUCAUAGCAAUGGAGUCCAGGCUCAGUCCUGACCCCAGCGACACCACCAACGCCCUGCUCGCGCAGCUCGUACAAAUCGGAAUGGGCACCCUCGCAGCGGGCUCUACGCCAGCAGCGCCGGCAUCUACGUGGUCUCCAUCCACGGCAGAUGUAAAGAUCCAAGUGAUUGCAUACGCGAGCUUGUGCAUGAGUCUGCUCGCUGCUUUCGGGGCCGUGCUAGGCAAGCAGUGGCUCGGACACUACAAGUCGCACAGAUAUGGCCGCGGCUCGGCGGAGGAACGAGCAAAACACAGACAGAAGAUGUUCGACGGCAUCAUGACAUGGUAUUUUGAUGCUGUCGUACAAUCCUUUCCGAUCUUGCUUCAGAUCUCCCUUCUUCUCUUUGG